ACAAGCUGUAGGCUAUGAAUAAUAUUAGCUGUAAAUAUUUGAUCGUUAGUGAUUUCGUAAACUGUGAGGUUAAUUAGUUUCUAGUACUGUACACUGUGUAGCUAGCUGUACUGUGCUCUGAAUGAGGUAUGGCUCUAUCUGUUACCAAGUCCUAAGUGUCUACCAAGUUUAUCAAGCAAGAUAUAUUGGCCAAAGCUGAAACCCAUGAAAGACAGACUGAAAGUUGCACUGGAGUAAAGAGGGGAAGCUCAUAUCUAUUGAAGAUGCCUGAGAAUGAAAGGAAGCUAUUCCUACAUAGUCCGGCUCUAUCGGAACAAGCUACUUACAAAUGGCCCCUUGUUAGAUCUGACACCUGGGAUGAGGCUCACGAGAUUGUUGACACCAUAAGGUGGGUAUGUAAUGACUUCCCUGAAAUGAAGCUGGCCUUGGAGAACAAUGUUCUCAAGAACUAUGAUGCCACUAAUUUUGAGAGUAUGAAGCAGCUGUGUGAGAAGUACAACAGGGCCGUCAACAACAUACGUAAAUUGUGGUCAGGUCGACAACCUCCUGCCUGCAUCGAUGCCCCGCCAUCCACCCCCUUGUUGAAGCACAUCAUCAAUCAAGUCUACAAUAGAGCAGUUGCUAAUCCUGACCUUCUCAACUCAUAUGAGCCCUUCUCCCCAGAGGUUUAUGGGGAGACGUCAUUUGAGUUGAUUGCUGAAGUCAUCAAGCACACAAAGCUGUCUGAGAAUGAUGUCUUUGUGGACCUGGGAAGUGGUGUGGGGCAGGUCGUACUCCAGGUGGCCGCUACUGUUGGGUGCAAGUGCUAUGGCAUAGAAAAGGCGGAGAUACCAGUCAAGUAUGCUGAGAAGAUGGAGAGUGAGUUCGUCAAGUGGAUGGACUGGUACGGGAAAUCAUCCGGAGAGUUUGAACUGCUCGCUGGUGACUUCCUCUCUCCAGAGUUUGAGUCUGUCUUCUCCUCUGCCACGGUGAUAUUUGUCAACAACUUUGCGUUUGGGCCUAAAGUAAACCACGCCCUCAAGGAGAGGUUCGCCAACCUCGGUGACGGGACAAAGAUCGUCUCCUCCCACGAGUUCUGUCCUCUCAACUUCAGAAUAUCAUCUAGAAACCUGUCAGACAUAGGGUCUAUAAUGCGAGUGGCUGAGCUGUCCCCUCUCAAGGGUCAGGUGUCAUGGACAGGGAAGCCAGUCACAUACUACCUGCACAUCAUAGACAGAGGCAAACUCGAGAAGUACUUUCAUCGGCAGAAACACCCCGACGAUCCCGUGACUGAGAGUUCCCGCAGUGUGACGCCAUGCUCAGAUAGUCAGGAGGGAGGCAGUGACAUUUCUUCUGGGGAAGAGGACAUUGCAGAACAACUCGGAAUGAUUCGCUCCAAGACGUCCCCAGGCCAGGGCAAACCCACCCAGCUCUCACCCACUCAUCAACACCUACUGGACCUCCAAUUCACCAACUUAUUCUCUAAGGACAUGAUUCCCAACAAACAUGGACACCAUCACUCGGAGAGAGGGGACAUGGUUAGAAAGAGGACCCCUGGAGUAAAGCCGGGCAAAGUACCAGUGCGGCGCAAAUCUUUGGGAGCGAGAUCUAUGAGCAGUUUAUUGGGUUCUUUCAAGGAGGAACUGAAUGGUUAUAUCCAGCAAACGGACAACCCUGCCUACCAGGAAUGGGUGAUGGGGGCAAUAGAAAAAGAGAAGAUGAAACAGCAGCACUUGAAGGCCGUGAUCGGUCAUUUGGAGUCGGAGGUCGGGACUCUCGCUCAGGAGACUGUUAGCAGGAUGGAAAACAGCAUGGUUCAGCUUGGUAUUCCCUCAAUGACCCCGGCCGGUUUGCUCGACGGUGCUAAGUCCAUCGUAUCGUGUAACAAACAGUUGAGGAGAGAGCUUCAAGAACUGGAGAUACAAGUCGAUAAUGUGCAGAAACAAAACCAAUUCAUUGAAAUGGUACACAAACAGCAAUUCGUGGGCCACAAACCAUACCAUCCCUCAACCAGGCUACCCAAUGAGAUUGAACAGUCAAUUCACAUGCCCGGCAGAGUAUCAAAUGAUGCUCUCCACCGCAAUGGAGUUGCUAAGCAACUAGAUAUCACUUCAGAAACAUUGAAACUACAAAAAUUGAUUGCUGACCCUGCAAAUGUUCGAGUUUUAAGAGUUGAAGAGGCUACUCGAUAUAGCUCCAGCCAAGUGCUAUUGAAACUAGUCAAAGACCACGAUUUAGAACUUGAAAGAAUCGAUCAGGAAUUGCUCGAGCUGGGACCAUUUGCUAAAGACACUUACAUUCCUGAAAACUCACACACAAGACAAGAAGUAUGUCCACCCAUGCCUCAAUAUACACAUGCAACUCCGACAGAACCAAAAAGACGUAAAUCGCGAAUGUCAACAAACUCGGGCCCCUCACCCAGACAGGGGGCGGCUAGUAGGAGAGUCUCGCAUGGCCCAGGAGAACACUCUGUAGCAAGUCCAAGUGGCCUGUCAAAACAGGCACAAGAGGACAAGGAAUCGGUUAAAGAACCUCCGAAACGAAAAUGGAGGAAGGUUGGCAGUGCUGGUUCUAAUUCGUCUAGGAAUUCUUCUAGCGAUGGCCAGGCUACAAAAGCAUCGUCAGCAACGACUCCUGUAUCCAUUGACACGAAAACCAUCAUUCCAGCAGCUUCUGAGAAAGAAAUGCUCUCAUUAUAUCUACCCAGCGAAUUUGAGGUUGCUUCAUCCUCACCUACGGAACGGGGUUCUAUAGAUACCUCGUCAGAGAGCUCGGCAGGAGCUAGUGAGAAGACGAACAGCUUGUCUUCUGGAGAGCAGCAAGCUGUGAGGAACGAAGGCACUCGUACGUUCACUACUGAGCAUUUUCAUCCAGUCCAAACAGUCUCUUCUUCUACCCCAUCAUCUCUGACAACUGCCGUCGCUAGACACUCACCCACACAACCACCACAUCCACACUCUAAACAAUCUUCACAAAAUGAGCUGAUCAUUGUCGACGAUUUCCCUACAACUUCUCAAAAACCAACUGACAGCUAUUCUCGAUUGGAAAUGACAUCCGGUUCUGGAGAUUCUGGUACAAGAUACCACCCCCAUUCCCAUAUGUUGGUACCCAGUGAUCUAUCACGACAUGUAGUAGUAUCUGGUGGGAUUCCAUUAUCAAGAACAAAUUCCUAUACUACCAGCAGCCGUGGCUCACCAAGACCUAGAGGAGAUGAAUCUUUACGAGGACCUGUUACACCUUCUGGUCAUUCUAGACUUGUACGAAAUGAGAGAUCGUCAGCAAGUCCCCAAUUAUCGCAUGCGUUUAUGCCUCCACCUCAUUCCCUGGACAAGAGGAGAAACAGUAGUGCAAGCAGCUUUGCUAGUAGUCAUGACAGUCUUCCUGCAAGCUUCAAGCAGCCACCAGGGGGAACAAGGAGCAACAAUGAACAUGUGGAGAAAAUGCAGCAACAACUGAAGAUGUCUGCUCCUCCUCAAGUGACCGAUCCAAAAGUUGGUGGAAUGAACCCUUACAUAAUGUAUAGCAAACCUCCAGAUGGUGCUCCAGUGAUGCAUGGCCUCUAUCCUUCUCCAUUCUUCCCCACAAUGCCUGCUGGGAUGAUGGUUCCUUCGUUUGGUAAUAUGCUUAUCGAUCCAGCUACUGGUGUAUUCAAGCAACCAAUGUAUGGACCCCUCGUUCAAUAUCGAUAUCCUUUCCCAGGGGCACCAAAUUUGAAGCCCUUUCAGAAUCCCACACUACCUCCAGGAACCUCCCAUCCUGGCACCCCUACCGUGACUGUAGGUAUACCUCAACAAUCUCUCUACACUUUUCCGCCUAGUCCUGGUAUGUCAGCCUUUAAGAACGUCCAAGAAUCAAGAUCAAAUGCUGCCACACCGCCUUUUGUUCGUGUUGGCUCCUCCCCCCUCACUCUCAAUCGAGACGACAGUAGACAGGCAAACAAUGAGGACAGACAGCCUGGUAUCAACUGGAACCCCGGUCUCAUUAGUACCAACCUCGGUAUGAUACCUUUCCCUAUGAAUAUUGGAGGACAACCUACAUCUCUCUCACAACCUACGUCUAUGAUGAACCUCUUUAACAAUGUUCUUCCUGCUCAAGGUCUUGCUAACACUAUUGGCACAAAUAGCGAAGGAAACAUACCAAAGCUAGCGGGAAUAGAUCUGCAAUGGAUGGUGCAGCACAGGCAAGGAGCUAUGAAUUCGAUAGAUGGUUCUGGAUCAUCUCAUUCUCACCACCAAGCAACCACCCUGCCUAUGUCUAAAGUAUCCUCAUCCGGAGCCCCUCUACAAAUACCCCAGCAUAUAUUUGUACCAACCGAUGUCUCAAAAUGGAAAGACAAAACAGGGAACUCACCACCACUGAAUAUGGGUGUGCCCUACCCCCCUAUGGUAGGAGGACUCCAACACAAGCCAGACUCCACCCAUUAUAUGACUGACCCCCAGCAACGAGGGUCUCGAGGAGGUACCCCUAACACUAGGAGACGAGGUGAAGGCAAGUCUAGUCCAAAAGUACCUGCAGAGAGAUUGAAACUGCGAAUCCAUCAAGUGAAGGACGAUGAUUUCAAGAAUGCCGGUAAAGUUGAUGGCCGAAAAAGAAGAGGGAAGGCAAAAGAUAGAGUUGUGGCAAUAAUAUCACAGCCACUUCACCCUGAAGAGGCCCCCCCAGUACCUAAACAGACAACAUUGAAGAAGGCAGAAGUUGAGGUGAAGAGUCAAGAGACCGUUCAAGCUAAUGUCCCCACCACUGGGGGUCAAGAUGACAACUAUGGCCUGAAUAUUCUUGCUGCUAUGAGUAGCAUGCAGAAAAGGGAUGGUGCUAUACCGACCUCGAACAUUUUGACUGCUCCUCACACAACACUCAGUAAACCUCCUCUCACGGUGAACACAAGUAACGCCACAAUUACACCACCCUCUCCUGUAAGCCUAGCUGGAGCACAGUCUCUACUGCUGUUAGGAAAUGAUGUGCCCUCACCAGAAAAAGAGAAAACUCAACAAGAAGCAAACGAUCAACCUUCGAAUAUGGAGAGCUCUAUUGUGGAUUCGUUACUCAAACUGUCUGGCUCCGUUCCUACAUCGACUAAUCGAGGUAAAAGCACUGAGCAAGUAGAUGCAUUUGUUGUUCAAGGUAGAGAUACUCGUUCCGCUAGUUUCUCGGCUGCUGAGGCAAUGCUUCUCAUGGUGGGGGCUGAAAAUGAAAAUGAAGCAUCGAGUAAGAAUGGCAAAAAGACACCAAUAGAGGAAGUAUUUGAAACGUCCCCUAGAAACAAUGACGAUGAAGACUCUGAGGCUACGGACACUGACAGUGAAGCCACUCUAACUCCAGGCUCUCCUACUCUGAAGGUACCCAGGAAGCAAGUGGUGUUUUGUGACGCUCACUCGCCCCUUGCUCAGCAAAGUGAUGAUGAGAUGGCUAUGGCUGAAGAACAAGACCAGCAACAAGAAUUUGAGGAAGCCUCUGCAACAGAUGUUCUUCAAGAUUGUAGUCAGGACAGUAAAGAUGUUGCCUCACCCUCAAGACCAAUUUCCGAAAAAGUUACUGAAGUGCCUGGACCAGAGCACAAUAAUAUGACCUCCAUUACAACCAAGACAGACAAAAUAGAUUCCUACCCUGAGCUGAACACUCCUCCCCCAAGCUCACCCAUACAGCCAGUUAGUGAAGAAGAGCAGUCACAAUCUGAGACAGUUACAGAGUCUAACACAUUACUCGAGACUAAACCUGGGAUCCUGGAUUCUCCUGACUCUCUGGAAAAUGCUCCGUUGCCUGACAAAAAGAUGGCCAGCAACAGAAAUGGACAAGAAACGACCCUGGUGGACCGUUAUCCUGACAAAAAGGAUUCACAAUUUUUGUACCCUACUUUCAACCCCGAUAAUGUAAUCACAAAUACACAUACGCCAUACUCUGUUCAUGAAGAUGUAGCUCAAGAAGACACCGUUCUAUUAGAAAUCAAUCAGCCCAGCAUGUUUAGUGGUGAUGAACAAGACAAGAAUUUCGAAUCCGAGAAAUUCAUUCUCGAAGCAAACCCACCCGAGCCUAACACAUUACCCGAAACUAAACCUGUAUCUCCUCCCAGUAAGGAAACUGCUUCACACGGGAAUAGGCUACCCUCAUGGGGUGCUUUUACUGAUGAGACAGUUUGUACCGCCCCUACGACCAGUGACACUAAGCACACUGAAGUACCUGAUGAUGUAACAGAUGCUCUAGAUGCCGACUUGAUAUCUGUGUCAGCCUCUCUGGAAGAAGUGGAUGAUUUAUUGGGAGACAAGGUCGAGGAAGAAGAGAAGAGGAUACAAGAUUCCGAACUGAAGUCUGAAAAUGUCUCAUCCUCUGGCUCUAAGACCCCGCCCUCUAUCGUAUCCCCCACCGCCAUUCCAGCAGAAAUGGAGCCUUUCUCUCCCAGCCCCCCGCUGAGUCCCAUUAAAUCGAUGCCGCCUACACCCCCACCCCCACCAGCUCCACACACGCCACCAACCACACUACUUUCACUAUCAGAAAAAAACCCAGUUCGAAAUCAAGAUGAUCGAACAUCUGUAAACGCACUGGUAUCCAAGCAGAAGAUCAGUCCGAUCGUUGCUCCACAGAACAGACUGUCUGGAGUAUGGAAAGGUGGUUCAGGGGGUUCAAAGCUCGAGAGGUUUCAACAUCGUAAGAUUUCUACAAAACAAGACGAGAAAGUGCUCAAGAAACGCCCCAAAUCUCACCAAGAGUUGGCGAAGAAUAAGCGUCUGUUUGACAUUGACUCCCCACCUCCUAGUGUACACGCCCAGCAAUCUCCUUUGGUUAAGCCUGUUUGGAAGGAAAAGAGAUCAGACUCCAUCACACCACACGAUGUACAGACAAGAGAAGAGCACGAUUAUAGGAAGUUGAAAUCAAGACCAUCUCCCGGCGUAACUGUGCCACCAAAGAGACCAAAGAUUGAUAGAAGCAAAUUCACUGGGAACAUGUUGUCACAUGGUCCUCCCAGGUCACACGACAGUCACAUGGAUCAUGACAGCCGACAUUCAGUUGAUGGUAGAUCAUACUCGAGGGAGCCUAGCAAGCCAAGGAGUCGACCACCCAGCAGACAAAGCAGUAGGACUUCUCGCUCCCCAGUCCCCCUCAGCCACUCGAAUAGAAGUCCGAUACCAGCCAACCCUAGGGACUACUCUCCAUUCUCAGAGGACGAACAUUCAAUCAGAUCGGGAUCUAGACACGUGCCACAUGACACUCACAUGAGGUGGAGCAAAAAAGAGAGAAGUCCUGACUUCUCAAAGGACAGGAUGGUCAGUCACAAACACUCCAAGAGAAGAGAGGGUCAUCACACGUCUAGAAAACACCACGAAGACUCGCACACUCACAGAAAGAAUCGCAGACACCAUCACUACCCGAGGGAAGAGCACUGGGUGGAAAACGAAGUAGCAGAUCCUCAGUCGCUCAACGGGAAAGGGGAAACAAGACGUCAAUCGUACGAGAGUGUGUCAGAAGACGAACUGGGGUCUGAGCAUGUUCAGAAGGAUAGAGACUUGGAUUUAGUGGUUGAAAAAGUCCCCACUCCUUCCUGGGCAGGUCAGAAUGAACGAAAGCGAUAUGCAGAAGACAGUGGGAUGCUGGAACAUCAUCACAUCAAACACAAGAAACACAAGCACUCUAAAGAACACGUAGAAAAAUGGAGGAAAGUGGACAAUGCAAAGAUAAAAGCUCAUAAACAUUAGCGUUUGUUUAUAGCACCACAUAAUAAUUAUACCCAACUCCUAAUUUAUGCUCUGGAGCCUCUCAAUUUUACCCAUGCUGUUGAAGUUAUGUCUCAUUCGCUAUUUAUGUUAGCUAUAUACAGUAUUGUACAGAUUGUGAAAUCUUUUCUCUUCCUUUGUUAUAGUAAGUUGUGCUCCUUUCACAGAAUUGGCAAUAAUAAUAUAUAUACAG